AUGGUUUGGGACUCAAAAUCAUGUGCUGCAGACAAUUCUACCAAUUUUAAAGAAGGCAAAAUCCACGGGUGGACAGCAAAUGCCACUUGCAUCAUUCUCUUCUGCACCCCCUACACUGGACUGGAAUGGUAUUGCUACAUUGUGAUUAUACUUUUUUUUUUAGUUCUGCUAAUGGGAUUUCUGGGGAAUACAUCCACACUACUCUACCAUAUUUGUACUAUAAAAUCAUGGACCACCAGCACUAUAUUACUAUUCAAUUUGGCCCUAUGUGAUUUCACCUGGAUCUUUCUGAUUCCCUUCUCAGUCUAUUUCCAUGUACACAAGCAAGCCAUAUACUCCAGUCAAAUAUUCUGCCAAAUCAGAAGAACAUUUUUCGACAUCAAUAUCUAUGGAAGCAUAUAUUUUCUCACACUGAUUAGCUUUGACCGCUAUGUAGGUGCUGUUCAUCCCCUCCGCUCCUUAAAGAGGUGGGAUAAAAGCAAGGCUCUACUUUGCACUGCAGCUGUAUGGAACAUCAUCUUCAUUGAAACCAUCCCUAAUGUUUACUAUACAUUUAAAGUCCAAAGAGGAUCAGUUGCCUGCCUGGACAAUAUUGGAGCAACUCUGUACUUUGUGGUGCCCUUCACAAUCUCCAGAGUCUUACUUGGAUUCCUCAUUCCCACUGUGGUCAUCUUCACAUGUUAUGUCUUAAUUCUGAAAACCUUACAGAAAAUGAGGAAGCACCAACAGAGCAGGCAAAGAAUUAUAAAGCCUUUGAUGCUGGUUUCUGCAGCCAUGAUUGUUUUUGCUAUGGCAUUCAUUCCUUACCAUGUCAUGAUACUGGCAGUGCUAAUUUACAGGAUGAAGUACCAACUCAACGCUGACAACAUACACCUGAUAUUUACCUUUUAUAAGCUCACAGAAAUAAUCUGCACUAUUAGUAGUUCCCUCAACCCUUUCAUUUUUAUGCUGGCCAGCAAGAAAUGCAAAGAAAAAUUGAAAGCUCUUUGGUUUUCUCCUAGACACCGGUGCCUCUGCUGUCAGUCACAUCGAGUGAGAGAUGUUAGAAUGGAGAUGUGAUAUGCAUAGCCACAGGUAU